UUGGACUGGAUAUACUUAUUGCCAUGGAUCUUAAAAUAAGAACAACUUUCUACCUUCCUUCUUCUUUGCUCCAUAUCUAAGCAGUAACAAAGCAGCAAUGUGCAGUCUUUUGGGAUUGCAGCCAUUGGUCCCUACCAGCUCUUUAUUCUCUUUCAAUGGCAAAUCAACCCCAACAUCUUCUACUUCUCAUUUCCCCUGCAUACUCAAGCCAAGGAGGAGAAGAAGAAAACAAAGCCACAGCUUUUCUCCCCCUGAAAAUCUCUUUUUUAAUCUCAGUCUUCAAGUAAGUAGUGUAGCCAAUGCUCAAGUUGAAGGACAAGUGGAGGUUGAAGUUGCAGAAGGUUAUACAAUGACCCAAUUUUGUGAUAAAAUCAUCGAUGUCUUUUUGAAUGAGAAACCUAGGGUAAAAGAAUGGAAAAAGUACUUGAUACUAAGGGAAGAGUGGAAUAAGUAUAGAGAAAGCUUCUAUAAUCGUUGUCGAACCCGUGCUGACAAAGAGAUUGAUCCAACUAUGAAGCAGAAAUUGAUUUCUCUGGAGAGCAAGGUGAAGAAGAUUGAUGAUGAAAUGGAAAGACACAGUGAACUUCUUAAGGAGAUACAAGAUAGCCCAACUGAUAUAAAUGCAAUAAUUACAAGGCGGCAUAAAGACUUCACGAAUGAAUUUUUCUGCUACCUCACUCUGGUUUCAGAAACAUAUGAUAGUCUGGAGGACCGAGAUGGGGUGGCCAGACUGGCAGCAAGAUGCUUGUCGGCUGUUGGUGCUUAUGAUAAGACACUGGAGGCUGUGGAGAAUUUAGAUGCUGCGCAAGCAAAAUUCGAUGAUAUACUAAAUUCUCCUUCUGUGGAUGUUGCAUGUGAAAAGAUCAAAAGCCUUGCCAAGGCAAAGGAUCUUGACUCUUCAUUGAUUCUGUUGAUAAAUAGUGCUUGGGCAUCAGCAAAGGAGUCCACAACUAUGAAGAAUGAGGUUAAAGACAUAAUGUAUCGCUUAUACAAAGCCACAAAGAGCAGUCUUAAGAGCAUUGCACCAAAAGAGAUAAAGUUGCUCAAGCAUCUACUGAACAUCACAGAUCCUGAAGAGCGAUUCUCUGCACUAGCAACAGCUUUCUCUCCAGGCAAUGAACACGAACCCAAGGAUCCUAAUGCGUCAUAUACUACUCCCAAGGAGCUUCACAAGUGGAUUAAAAUCAUGCUGGAUGCAUACCAUCUCAAUAAGGAGGAAACUGACAUCAAAGAAGCUAAGAAGAUGACUCAACCUGUGGUCAUACAAAGGCUGUUCAUCCUCAAGGAAACGAUCGAAGAAGAAUACUUGGAUCAAAGAACAAUGGCAUCCGCAUCACAGCCAACGGAUGAUAAAACUGGAUCAGAGGAUUUAUAAACUAUGACCUAUUUUCAUCAAUAUGUACUAGGACCAUCUAGUAUCUAUUGCCAUGUUUUUCUGUUAGAAAUGGAACUGAGGUUUUCAUGGUGAAUCUUUUUAUUAUGUUGUGAUUCAUGUAGCUUAUGGUAGCCAGACAGUUUUUGUAGUAAUUCAGGUAAGGAUGUCAAUUGGUAGAGUAUGGGUAGAGUAAGGAAUUUUCUAAAUUUAUUUUCAAAUUUUUAUUUUAUACUCAUCUCUGUACUCAUAUUCAAUAAGUAUUUUAAA